AUGUCAGGUGUUCUUCUUUGGGUGGUUAGUCCCAAAGAGAAUGCCAACUCUCUGCUGAGUCUCAUGCCCAGAAUUGGUAGCCCAAGGAGAUCAAAACUGUGCUCUAGGCUGACUUUUUCAACUGGGGUUUUAGCUUACUCAGGUGCAGUUGCGCACCCCAUAAGAUCAUCAGAAGAAAUGGUCUAUGAAGUGGUGCUCAAGCAGGCUGCUUUGGUCAGAGAACAGAGCAGGGUCAAGGAGAGAGCUUUGGACUUGGAUGAACGGAUUGAAACUGAUGGUCUGAGCAAUUGGGAUUUGUUGAAUCAGGCUUAUGAUCGAUGUGGUGAGGUCUGUGCUGAAUAUGCCAAGACGUUUUACUUGGGCACAUUACUCAUGACACCAGAGCGGCGACGAGCUGUUUGGGCAAUUUAUGUGUGGUGCAGAAGGACAGAUGAGCUAGUGGAUGGACCAAAUGCUUCAUACAUCACACCCAAAGCUCUUGACAGAUGGGAGAAAAGAUUAACGGAUCUUUUCGAAGGUCGUCCGUAUGAUAUGUAUGAUGCUGCUCUAUCUGAUACAGUCUCCAAGUACCCUGUUGAUAUACAGCCCUUCAAAGACAUGGUAGAAGGAAUGAGAUUAGACUUAAUAAAAUCAAGAUACCAGAACUUUGAUGAACUUUACCUCUACUGCUACUAUGUUGCUGGGACUGUAGGCCUAAUGAGUGUUCCGGUAAUGGGGAUAAGCCCAGAAUCAAAGGCUUCAACAGAGACUGUUUACAAUGCUGCAUUGGCCCUUGGAAUAGCUAAUCAGCUCACUAAUAUACUCAGAGAUGUUGGAGAAGAUGCCAGGAGAGGAAGAGUGUAUCUCCCACAAGAUGAGCUUGCCCAAGCCGGCCUAUCAGACGAUGACAUCUUUCAAGGAAAGGUGACUGACAAGUGGAAAAUGUUCAUGAAGGGCCAAAUAAAGAGAGCUAGGAUGUUUUUUGAUGAGGCUGAGAAAGGUGUUUCAGAACUCAACUCAGCUAGUAGAUGGCCAGUGUGGGCAUCUUUGCUGCUGUACAGGCAGAUUCUGGAUGCUAUUGAAGCAAAUGGUUAUGACAAUUUUACAAAAAGGGCUUAUGUAGGGAAAGCAAAGAAGUUAGUAUCAUUGCCUGUGGCAUAUGGCAGAGCGGUCAUAGGACCCUCUAAAUUAACUAAGCAGUUGGUGUCAAGAUGA